AGUAGUUUAUUUAAGUUUAUUUAAUGAUUUAAUAUGAGAAUAAUCUUUAUUAAAACACACUUUACGUCUUUUUACACAAUCUAGACCUAAUGUACCUUGCAAUGCGGGUAAUAAAUCACAAAAGCUGUAGGUAGCUGUAAGCAAUUCUGACGUCACUUCGUUUUCCUACGUCAUAACCACGGUCAGUUCGGUUGACUCUUCGGUCCAGGAGGAUUGACUUUUUUUUUUUCUUUUUUUUUUUUCUAAAAUGCCUGACACGACUGUGAACUUUAGCUUCCUCCACAGGACCUGCACCCUGGUCCUUCUGCUGUGCUUCCUCCAUAUUUUUGUGACCGUACUUUAUUAUGUCAGAUCGCUGGACUCGAGGCCAACGUUCGUCCAGAAUCCGCAGCAGACGCUUCAGAUCCAGAGGAAGCUCAAAGAAGAGGUCAGCGUCGUCACUGAAGAGUUAAAGACUUCACCUACAGUAAAGUACAGGAAUGUGACCGAGAAAGCGCUUGAGAAAUGCCCUGAUCCAUCACGUCUACUGGUGGGUGCGCUCCGAGUCGAGUUCUCCUCUCCAGUCAGCCUGGAACUGGUCAGGAAGGAGAACCCAGCGCUGCAGGAGGGUGGACGUUACAAGCCCAAAGACUGCGUGGCCCUGCAGAAAGUUGCCAUCAUCAUCCCCUUCCGAAAGAGAGACGAGCACCUCAAGUUCUGGCUGUAUUACCUGCACCCUAUCCUUCAGCGUCAGCAGCUCGACUACGGCAUCUACGUCAUCAACCAGGAAGGAGACGAAACGUUUAACCGGGCGAAGCUCCUGAACGCGGGCUACGCCGAGGCUCUGAAGGAGUACGACUACGAGUGUUUUGUGUUCAGUGAUGUGGACCUCAUCCCCAUGGACGACCGGAACACGUACAAGUGCUUCAGCCAGCCGAGACACCUCUCCGUCUCCAUGGAUAAAUUUGGCUUCAGGCUUCCGUAUAAUCAGUACUUCGGUGGCGUUUCCUCUAUGAGCAAAGAGCAGUUCCUGAAGAUCAACGGCUUUCCCAAUAACUACUGGGGCUGGGGAGGAGAGGACGACGACAUCUACAACAGGCUCAGUUCCAAGGGCAUGUCCAUAUCCAGACCGAACGGCGCGAUUGGAAAAUGUCGGAUGAUCCGGCACGAUCGGGACAGACAGAACGAACCCAAUCCCCAGAGGUUUGACCGAAUAGCUCACACCAGAGACACCAUGAACAAAGACGGGAUAAACACGUUAUCCUACAGCGUGGUGCGAGUGGAGAAGGAUCAGCUGUUCACCAAAAUCACGGUGGACAUCGGCAAACCACCCAAAUGAAGCGUUUAAACUGAAGCAGACUGAGAAGUGGAGAGUUUAUCAGGAAGACUUGAUGCAGUAACCAAACGUGCCUUGAUGUUAAAGAAUAUGCAGUGGAUUGUUUUUGUUUUUUUUCUUGAUAUUUUCCACAAAAAAAAAGAUGAAUUCUAUAUUUUUGAAGAUUUUUAGUACUUUUGAAUCUGAUUUGCCAUCUUUGCACAGUCGGGAUGGACGUGUAAAUCUGGAUAUUUGCACGUCGUUGUGAUUUCUUUUGUCCAGUUUGCCUUAGAGACUGCUGCUAGGGACGGAGCCAGAAGCACUUGAGCCCCAGUCGGUGGACGUUACUCUUACAGAACGAAAGUGGAGAGAACGGACGCUGAUGUUCAGGCCGCACUCACAGAGGGGUUUUGUGACUGAUUUUGGAGCUUGUUAUGAGGUGUGAGGCCUGUUCACGAACGUGACGACGAAGCAAAAAGCGACGUAUCGCUUCACGCCGAGCACUACACUCGGUUCACAUGAAGAAACGGCUUCAAACUAGCGAUGGUUAAUGUAAAGUCAAACUUUUAUAUAAAUGAACACUUAUUAUUAUUAUUAUUAUUCCAUUGUUAUGAUCAUAAACCAAAAAUGAUUUCCUCACACUCACUGUGCACACUUUGUUUAGUUGAAUGUAUCGCCGGUGCUCAUACAAACUCUACGUGUGACCAAAAAGAGGCUUAGAACGGGGUGGGUGAGGUUUCCAAAGCGCUUAUGGAACAAUCAGCAGACCAGUGACACGAGUGCCACCACAUCAUUUCUGUUCAAAACAUACAGAAAAGCUUUAAUACAGAACAGGAGCUAAAUAAAAUUAAUAAUAAUCAAGCCUUCUUAGUGGCCACGAGUAAAUCUUUCCUUCUUUAUUAAGACAUCAUGAUUUAGUUCCUAAUAAUACCUCAGCCAUCUGUGACCGGUAGUUUAGAGGAGUAAAAUUAGCCCGUUUUAAAGGGCACAAAAGGAGGAAACUAGUGUUCAGCAGCUUUGCAGAAGUCAUAGUUGGGAAAGAUGUGAUGGCUUCAUGUUUGAAGGAAGCAGUAUGUUCAGCUAGGUAGAGAAAUAAAUCAUCAUACAUUUAUCAUGUGUUAAAGCAGGCGGUUUACUUCAUACAGAAAAGACUAACCAAAGCAAAAUGACGAUGUUUGUGGCAGAAGAGUCCGAAUGUGGUUCUAGCAGAACUCAUUAGCACCAAGGUUGUCUGUGAUUGGUCCAGAUAGAUCACUUGGCUGCAUGAUUUACUGUACUGUACCGUCCUAAUCAUUUAUUAUUUAAUUUUCAUGUUUUACUAUUGCUUUUUUAUCCUGGUCAGGGUUGCAGCAGGUCCAGUUCCCCGGAACCACUGGGUGCAAUCCUAGGGUUCCAAUCCAUCGCGCCUCCCCAGACAUAUCCAGUCGUGUCUGUAUGUAGAUGCUCGCAUCGCUGGGGAUUUGAACCCUGGACUGGAUCUCGGGCCUAGUGGGCUAGCGGAAUUUAUUCCAGUGCCACUCGAGCGCAUAAACAUCUAAAAUAUCUUCCAAUAAGUCAUUUCACAUGAAGGUUUUAUACUUUUGGAGUCCUUUUACAGCCGUAAAAUCCCUUACGCCGACUAAGCAAGCUUUGGACUAAAGACCUUUAUUGUCAUAUAUAACUAUACACAUUAUUCGCAAAUCCCAUCACGUUUUCUUUAAGUUCUUUUAAUGUUUAAAGUAAACCGUCAGCACACUGAUGUGCAAUAUUCAAAUAUCAGAUCAAGUCACAGAAAAUCCUCAGAAAUCAGAAAUGAUCAUAAUAACAGAAUUAUAACUUCUUAUUAAUCUGUAGCUACUUCUUCAAACAAUCAUCUCGGUGUCGCUGGUUAAGGAUUCAUGAUGUACGGUGAGAUGUUCCACGUGGGCUUGGUUGUGUUUAGUCGUGGCUGUAACGUGGGAGGGAAGAAAGCCGUCAGCGGUUUCACUUUUUCGCAGGUUCACUUUUAUUUCUUUAUGCGCUGGUUUGUUAUCAGAGGGCAUGAAAAUGGAGAACUACAAACCCGCUUUCACUUCUCUUUAUUAAACCAAAACCUGGAGGUGCCUCGUUAUUGGACACGUCAUAGAAAUUCACAGCGUGACUCGAUUACAGAUAGGCCUCAGCGUUUUGUCCACUGCACACAGCACCAGAGCUUUUUAAUACAUCUGGAACAGCACUUUUGAUCUAGCUUUUGUGCUCAAAUCUCACCUAUCGAGUAACCAGAAACACUUGGCAGUGCCUGAGGAAGGGAGGGAGGUCGAAUGAAGCUCUCUGUACGCGGUGCUGCUCUCUCUGAGACUUUUCUGUGAUGGGUAAAGAGAAGCGUCCAGCGACAGGACUCGCCAGACGGGGUGCGUGGUAGUCUCUCAGUCAGGGAGUGGUCUGUUGUAAACAGGGGUUUGGAGAUGACUAAAUUGGGAGGAAAAGGGUAAAAUGCAAAUAAGAAAAUAACCUUUCUGGUACCAGACAUUCCAGUUCAGGUUUGGUUUAAUUUUUUGCAGGAAAUUUGUGAAUCCGAGCACAAGAAUCACAGAAUUUGUGUGUAAAUAAAAGUUAUUUGAGAAAUUUCUCACAAUUUUAUAAUCUCACAGGUUAGCGUGAUCACAUUACAGUUCCAGGUGAUUUUAUGUGAUUGGUUGUUAAGUCUGGGCUUCAUAACACUUCAAACUCUGCUCGUCUUUCAAUUGGCUACAGAAGGAACUUGAACUAGAACCCGAGUUCUGCUCCUUCCCGUCUGCACUCGUUCCUCAUCCAGCUCGAAUUGCAGUGUGGUGAGCAUGAACGUUUAAACGUGUGGAAUCUGAGUCCUUUUCCAGCUGUUCCAGCUGAGUACUGAACCUACAGAAUGAUAUAUAAAUCAUUCAUCUGAACAUGAGCCAAAACGAAACCCCAAACCCUCGUGAUUUCAUCUGCACUCGGAAGUGAAAGUUCACCGGUACCUCCUGAAACAUCCUUCCUCCUGUCGCACCAGGUUGCUGAAAUUCCCUUUUAGUUAGGACGGUCAUUGAUCAGAGCCAGCGUGUAGUUUCAGGGUUUCAUCUUUUACACACAAAUCUCUGCCUUUAUUGUGUUCUGAGCUUUUCUUCUUCUUGUUUUCAGCACAUAAUUGUUCCAUUUGUCUUGAAACUUCUUUGAUUCUUUGAUUUCUGAUUUUGUUUCUCAUGUUGUAAUGCUGGAUGGAUGCAAUCGUUACCUUAAUGAAUUAAAUCGCUUUAUGAUUCUU